GCGGCGGCGGGAGGCGCGUCUCCCCGGCCCAUUCCGCGCCCGGCCCCGCGGGGUCGCCCCGGCCAGCUCCGAGGAAAAACUGCGUAGAAAAUCUAAUGGAUGAAGAUGAGAAAGACAGGGCAAAGAGAGCUUCUCGAAACAAGUCUGAGAAGAAGCGUCGGGACCAGUUCAAUGUUCUCAUCAAAGAGCUUAGCUCCAUGCUCCCCGGCAACACGCGGAAAAUGGACAAAACCACCGUGCUGGAGAAGGUCAUUGGAUUUUUGCAGAAACACAAUGAAGUCUCAGCGCAAACGGAAAUCUGUGAUAUUCAACAAGACUGGAAGCCUUCAUUCCUCAGUAAUGAAGAAUUCACUCAGCUGAUGUUGGAGGCGUUAGACGGCUUCAUCAUCGCAGUGACCACAGAUGGCAGCAUCCUCUAUGUUUCUGACAGUAUCACGCCUCUCCUGGGGCAUCUACCGUCAGAUGUCAUGGAUCAGAAUUUGUUAAAUUUUCUUCCAGAACAAGAACAUUCAGAAGUUUAUAAAAUGCUCUCUUCCCAUAUGCUUGUGACAGAUUCCCCCUCCCCAGAAUACUUAAAAUCUGACAACGAUUUAGAGUUUUAUUGCCAUCUUCUCAGAGGCAGCUUGAACCCAAAGGAAUUUCCAACUUAUGAAUACAUAAAAUUUGUAGGAAAUUUUCGCUCUUACAACAAUGUGCCUAGCCCCUCUUGUAACGGCUUUGACAGCACCCUUUCAAGGUCCUGCCGGCUGCCGCUGGGGAAGGAGGUCUGCUUCAUCGCCACGGUCCGUCUGGCAACACCACAGUUCUUAAAGGAAAUGUGCAUAGUUGACGAACCUUUAGAGGAAUUCACUUCAAGGCAUAGCUUGGAAUGGAAAUUUUUAUUUCUGGAUCACAGAGCCCCUCCCAUCAUAGGAUACCUGCCUUUUGAAGUUUUGGGGACCUCAGGCUAUGACUACUACCACAUUGACGAUCUGGAGCUCCUGGCCAGGUGCCAUCAGCACUUGAUGCAGUUUGGUAAAGGGAAGUCCUGUUGCUACCGAUUUCUGACCAAAGGCCAGCAGUGGAUCUGGCUGCAGACCCACUACUACAUCACUUACCACCAGUGGAACUCCAAGCCCGAGUUCAUCGUGUGCACACACUCGGUCGUCAGUUACGCGGAUGUCCGGGUAGAAAGGAGGCAAGAGCUGGCUUUGGAAGACCCACCACCUGAGGCCAUUCACCCUUCAGCACUCAAGGACAAGGGCUCCCGCCUGGACCUUCAGCAGCACUUUAACGCACUUGACGCAGGCACCUUGGGCCUUAACACCAGUCAUUCACCAUCAGUAUCCUCCAGAAGCUCCCACAAAUCCUCGCACACAGCCAUGUCAGAACCCGCCUCCGCCCCAAGCAAGCUGAUGGCAGAGGUCAGCACCACGGCUUUGCCAAGAUCAGCUGCCCUGCCUCAAGAGCUCCCCGUGCCAGGGCUCAGCCAGGCAUCCGCAAUGCCGGCUCCCCUGCCUGCCCCGUCAUCCUGUGACCUCACACAGCAACUCCUGCCUCAGACCAUUAUGCAGAACCCACCUGCCCCCAUGACACAGGAAAAAGAAAAAAAAAUUUUCUCUUCGAAUUUCCAAGGCGCAUUUGCUACGAAAUUAUUCUCAGCACAGUUCAGCAUGUUCCAGACCAUCAAAGACCAGCUGGAGCAGCGGACACGGAUCCUGCAAGCCAACAUCCGGUGGCAGCAGGAGGAGCUUCACAAGAUCCAGGAGCAGCUCUGCCUGGUCCAGGACUCCAACAUCCAGAUGUUUCUGCAGCAGCCAGCUGUAUCCCUGAGCUUCAGCAGUGCAUCACGGCCCGAGACUCAGCAGCAACUCCAGCAGAGGUCAGCCCCGGGCUCCCAGCCCCAGCUUGGGGCCAGCCCUCAACUCCCAGGGCAGAUUGCCUCUGCCCAGGUGGCGAACCAGCACCUGCUCAGAGAAUCAAGUGUGAUAUCAACGCAGGGUCCACGGCCAAUGAGGAGCUCACAGAUGAUGCAGGGAAGCAGCCACUCAGUGAGCAGCUUGACACCGCAGUUCAGCAGCACCACGGCUGUGCUCCCGCCAGCUCUGAGCCUGACCACGCUUGCUUCUGCCUCCCAGGAUGGCAGCCAGUGCCAGCCCAGCCCAGACUUCAGCCAUGAUCGGCAGCUCAGGCUAUUGCUGAGCCAGCCCAUCCAGCCCAUGAUGCCUGGGUCCUGUGAUGCGAGGCAGCCCUCAGAGGUCAGCAGGACUGGACGGCAAGUCAACAGGUAUCCGCAGAGCCAGGCCGUGUUUCAAAAUGCAGACAUGCACACCACCAGCAGCAGCUCCUCGCCCCCCAUCCUGCUGAUGGGACAGGCGGUGCCUCAGCCCAGCUUCCCCACCGCCGCCUCCAGGCAGUCGCCCCUGCAGCCCGCACAGGCCCCGCAGCAGGCACAGCACUUCCUGCAGGUGCAGGCGCCAACCUCUUUGCACAGUGAGCAGCAGGACUCCCUACUUCUUUCCACCUACUCACAGCCGCCAGGGACCCUGGGCUACCCCCCGCCGCCCCAGCCCCCGCGCCCACCCCGAAGGGUCAGCAGCCUGUCUGAGUCCUCCGGCCUCCAGCAGCCACCCCGGUAGUGCCCUGGCAUGGAAGUCGGGUCACAAUCAGCUUUAACCAAUGGACAGACGAUGGAGUGGCCCCAAGAGUGGGGAGAGGAGUUUAAAUCCUUGGCUUUUAUGCACAGUGCAUACAUUUCAGAACUCCUGGAUGGUAACCUUCUCCGGAGCACAGCGGCCGGCAUGUGACACAUGAUCAGGAUACUGGCCGAGUUUCCCUUGCCUCUGUGUUUCUCGGGCACACUCUACAGCCAUACUCAGAUGGAAACCGAGUGCCCCACGUAAGUGUCGUUACUCAGUUUACCAAGCAGGUGGCACGGCUCACUGCGUCCUCCUGAGAGAGCGCACUGGUUGCUCUAGCUGGCUGUGGUCUGUCCACGCUUGCUAGCUGGCCUUCACUCUCUUGACCCUCUUUCCUUUGCAUUCGAGAAGCACUGGGUCAGAGAUCUGUUGAAGAGAGAGAAUAAAGAGAUUAUUUUUCAUUAUUUUUAAAUGGUUGUUUUUGUUUUAAUUUGCACAGCUGCAGAGAGGAGAUAACUUAGGCACUUUAGGUUUUAAAAAUAAUAAGGUCUCAUGACUUCACAUGGAGACCUCAGUAACAAAACCAGCCCACCAAUCAGACGGCAGAGCUGGUCAUUCUUCACCAGGCUGCACCCACACCCUCUGGCCUAAAACCUAAUGGAAAGAGGUUCUUCGCCCCAUGCCCAUUCUGGUGAUUAUUGUUUCCCCUAAAUAUAACACUGGACUGUUCCUGUUUACUUGGUGGAUUGCAACUACAAAGGCCGACUCAAAGCAAAGCACAAUCAUGCAGCUGAUGUUCCGGAAUUCUGUUAGGAACUAGGAGACUUUGGAGGAAGAGGUUUCACAAGCCAGACUGGCCUGUGGAGCCCCAGGUCCCUGAGGAGACCCCACCACGCACCGGCCCCUUGAAUCAGAAUGCUGCAUCUUUCUACAGAUCUUUCAUGAUAAGACCGAGGAUUGGAUUCUCCUUUUCCAAAUGCACUUUGCUUUUUUUGUAUGUUUUGUUAUGUUGAGAUGUUUCUAAAGAAAAGGGUUUUAUGUAAUUAAAAGACGAAGUGUAGUGAACUGUACAGCUGUUGUAAUAAUGACCUAUUUCUAUAUAAAAUAAAAUUGUAUGGAUUAUGUGUAAAUUAUUUUGUAUCUGAGACACCAGUUCCUUUCCCAAAUAUAAAAGUAUAAAAGUUUUCUUGUGUUUUUCUGUGAGUGGAAAUUUUGUAAUAAAUUAACAAAUUUGUACAA